AAUCAAUGAGGAAUUAGCGCAACUUAUAUCGAAUCUGUUUCACGUACACGCAAACUGAAAGAAUUGGAGCAACAGCAGCGAAUCAUCGUCCACACCAUCAGUCUGUGAAUUAAAUAAUAUUAUAAUAUGGGCGGAAAAGUUAGUAAGAGGAGUUUCUCACCUGCGGCGAAUGAAAGUAAAAACCUUGGUGACACUAGCAACCAGAGCACCAGCCCCAACAAGUCGAUCGGUCAAAAGAGCGAGGAGAGCCAGUCGCCACCACCAGUAGUUGAUAAAGCGAUUAGUAGAGCACCAGCUCAGUGAGAACGUAACACACGGUGACUGAGCGAAUUUCGAGUGGUCUGGCAUGGCCGGCGCUAUGUUGUUCGAGCGGGCGCAGGCGGUUUCAACGACUAACCGUAGUGAGGGUAUCAACCUCCUCAAUGAGAUUGUCUCGGAUCCUAACAUCGGGAUGGCCCAGGACGACGAGGACAGCAUUAGGGUCAAGGAGCAGGGCAUUCUGCAGCUUGGCGAGCUCUACAAAAAGGAGGGCAAGGCCAAGGAACUCGCCGAGCUCAUCAAAGCCACCAGACCCUUCCUCAGCCUUAUCAGCAAGGCCAAAGCUGCUAAGCUCGUCAGGUCGCUUGUUGACUUCUUUCUUGACCUCGAGGCUGGCAUUGGUAUUGAGGUACAAUUGUGUAAAGAAUGCAUAGAAUGGGCAAAAGAAGAGCGGCGAACUUUUUUGCGACAAAGCCUAGAGGCAAGACUGAUUGCUCUGUACUUUGAUACUGGUAUGUAUGCGGAAGCUCUGCAGCUCGGCUCUGCGCUAUUAAAGGAGUUAAAAAAGCUGGAUGACAAACAAUUAUUGGUUGAAGUGCAGUUAUUUGAGAGCAAAACUUAUCAUGCCCUAAGCAAUCUUGCCAAAGCAAGGGCCGCUUUGACGAGUGCUAGGACCACGGCAAACGCAAUCUAUUGUCCGCCCAAAAUGCAAGCUGCCCUCGACCUUAUGUCGGGUAUUUUGCAUGCUGCUGACGAACGAGAUUUCAAGACUGCUUAUUCUUAUUUUUACGAAGCUUUUGAAGGAUACGACAGCGUCGAAAGCCCCAAAGCUCUGACAGCGCUAAAAUACAUGUUGCUCUCAAAAAUUAUGCUACGCUCGCCUGAAGACGUCCAAACGAUCAUGUCAGGAAAACUUGCUGUCAAAUAUGCUGGGCGUGAUCUAGAUGCAAUGAAGGCAGUAGCUGAAGCAAGCCAUCGUCGUUCCCUUGCCGACUUUGAAACUGCGCUUAAACAAUAUCACCAGGAACUGAAGGAAGAUGUUAUCGUGCGAGCUCACCUCGACUCGCUGUACGACACAAUGCUUGAGCAAAAUCUCUGUCGAAUUGUUGAACCCUAUUCACGCGUUCAGGUCGGUCACAUAGCGUCAUGCAUAUCUCUGUCGAUCUCGCAAGUAGAAAAGAAGUUGUCGCAAAUGAUUUUGGAUAAAAAACUGCGUGGAGUUCUCGACCAAGGAGAAGGUGUUCUCAUAGUCUUUGAAGAGACGCCAAGAGAUAAGACAUACGAAAUUGCUCUAGAAACGGUUCACAGUAUGGGCAAAGUCGUGGACACACUCUAUCAGAAGGCUAAGAAGCUUACCUAGCCUUAUUUAAGUGAACUUUGUACAAUUAACAAACUAUUAUAAUUAUUAUUACUAUUAACGAUUAAAUUCUUAUUAAAUUCCGGCAGAUUUAUUGCACUCUUUUUUUAAUUUAGAUUAGUAAAGUUUGCAAUUCUUUAAUUUACCAUACGUUUGAUGAUUUUCUAAUUUUCUGCACCUGAUUGUUGAAAAAUUGUCAUUCAUCUAAAUUUUACCCACGAAAUUAAUAGUAUUAAAUUGUAGACAAUCAUUGUUUUUGAGAAUAUUUUUCGCUUAUUAAAAUUUGAUAAUACAAUUUGAAUAAACAACCGAGUAAAGCAAAA